AUGGGCCAGUUUGUGAAGCUGGUGAAGAUGAUGAGAGAUUUAGGUGUUCGGAAGUUUAAGGGAGAGACCAACAAUGUGCAAGCGGACCGAUGGUUACGCAAUCUGGAGAUGCAUUUUGAGACGUCAGAAUGUCCCGUGGAGUACAGAAGGCGGAUCGCAGUUAACCUUCUGGAGGAAGACGCAGGAGCAUGGUGGGAUACGGUGGCUUCUCGCUAUCGUUGCUUACCAAUCUCAUGGGAAACGUUUAAGAAAGAGUUCGAGCUCAAGUCCUUUCCUCUUGAGUCCCGUGAUCGUUUGGAGAAGCAAUUCAUAGGGCUAGAGCAAGGGGAAAGGAGCGUUCGAGACUAUGGUCAAGUAUUUACGAGACUUCAGAAAUACUUCUAUAAUGGAAAUGGUGAUGAAGCCUCCAUCGUUCGAAGAUUCCUCAAGGGACUCUGA